UCUAAAAACGGAUGUUAUUGAUCAGACGUGUUUAAUUUAUUUAACUGUAAUUUAAAUUCUAAAUGUGAUGGUAUCCGCAAAUAAGGGAUUAUCCAUAGGUGUAUGUCAUAAAUGUAUCUAAAAGUGAAUUUCUCUUCAAUAGCGAUUUUGUGAAGGUAGAUGUUGAGGACUAGAUGUAUGUGUGGAAUGUAACAAUAUGGCCAGCAUUAUAAAGUUAGCUGAGACAGUUGCAGGAGGAUGCUUCCACAGAUAUGUCGUCAGCUUAAACGACUUAUUUCUUAAUGAACGGAACCAAACAGAACAUCACAGACAGUUUACAGGCUUGUAGCUGUCUAUACAUCACGAGCUACUACCACUAACAGAGACACCAGAGGGAACUUAUGAUGUGAAUGCGCAUUUGGGUUCACGCAUCAAUUUGAAUAAUUUCUAACACGGCUCAAAUUAAACUAUGACUGAUGAUUCAGAGAUCAAGGCAGCUGACACUCGCUUCAGUACGCUCUCCCUAGAUGAUACGAUAUGCACAGAACCCUGCGAUGAACACCCGUCGAUGACGAUCAAGUAUUUCUGUCAGGUUCACCAGUCACUUAUUUGCGAAGAAUGCACAACAUGUAUUCAUAAAAAAUGCACAGUAGACUAUAUUCCUUUGCUAGCACAAGGGUAUAAAGAUUGUAAAGAAUAUAAGGAUCUAAAUGAUCAUUUGGCUUUGUUAACAAAUCAAAUGAAGAUGUGUUCGAAAAGAAUUGAAUCUUGCCUGAAUGAAAAGGACAAUGUUUAUACAUCUGAAUUAUGCGCGCUGCGAAAAUACAGAGAAGAAAUUAAAGUAUACUUUGAUAAACGUGAAGCUGAAAUUAUUGCAAAGAUGAAGGGAAUAAAAGACAAUGAUGAAACAAGAUUAAAACGGUCCAAGAAACGAUGCAAAGAAAUUCUGGUUGAAAUCGAGGCCAUGAAGAUGAAAAUGAAGAUGACCGAGAGGAGGAGCAAAAGUUUGUUCCUAUUAUCGAAGAAAGCUUUGCAAGACUUAACACAUGUCAUGGCUGACUUAAACGACAUAAACAGGAAUUCCACUGUACAACGGUACGCGUUUUCCAAGGACCCAUACACCGAGCGGUUACUUGAAUCCGGGAAUUAUCUUGGGGGUUUAGACUUGAAGGAAGACUUAGAAAACAAUUUAUCUGAGAUGCCAACCGGUGAGUUAGAAGUCGAAGUAGCAGCUUCUAGACUAAAACCUGACAUAAUAGCGAAAUGCGACACAGACACAAAUGAUUGUUGGUUCACAAGUAUAAAACUAUUUUCAAAGGACAAAAUUCUCCUGGCCGACAACGCCAACUUUGCCGUGAAACUGAUAGACAUAGAAACGCAUAUACUGGUAGAUAACCUUCGUGUACCAGAACAACCUUGGGACAUUUGUCUUCUGCCCUCACACAAAGCAGCUGUCAGUUUCCCUACGACCAUUCAGUUAAUUGGAACAGAGUGUGAGCUGUCUUUGCUUCGAAGUAUCAAAGUGAAAGGCGAAUGCUAUGGUAUUGAUUUCUAUAAUGAUACUUUUAUCGUUUCCAGUGAAGAGCCUGCAAGGAUUGAAAUCAUUAAUAUGAAGGGCCUGGUGCUGAGUCAGAUUGAAACAAAUGCCUUAGGUCAACAUAUAUUUAAGAACCCACACUAUCUCACUGUUGUUUCAAAUGUGCAAGAAACAGCCAUAUUCGUAUCCGACAGUGGGACAAACAACAUUACCAAACUUUCUUUGAAUCUAAGUGUGCUAAAAACAUUCACCACAGUCAGACAAUUAACAGAACCACGAGGAAUAGGACUGAUGAAAGGGAACGACUUACUCGUCUGUGGAAGGGGAAGUAAUUCUAUAUUUCAGUUGGACACAUUGAAUGACAUUCUAAUAGAGAUUGUCGGACAUGAUGAAAAGUUACAGAGACCAUUCACUGCGUGUUAUUGUCCUCGAAGAAAGAAAGUUAUUUAUUCGUGCUACAAGCUUUUUGAAAAUGAGCUCAAUGGCUGUGUUAAGAUAUUAUAAUGUUUUGGUAAUGUCAUUCACUGUCUGUUCUUUUAUAUAACAUAAAGAAUGUCUCCAUAACACACUUUCUAUACACAUGUCCUCUUAGUUUUCUGGAAGUGUGCCUUUGAGCCCUAAACAGUUUUUAUGCCAAUGCAUACACACUCUUGUCAUUCAACUGCUAAGUUAUUCAAUACAGUGACCUAGGGACCAUUUUAUAGGAAAAUGUGCUUUUGUUGUUUUGGAUAUGAACCCUAUAGCGCCUCUUUGGACUGAUGUCACAUAUGCAAAAUGAAAUUAACAAUUAGUAAUGCAACGUAUUCAUAGGCUGUUGAACGUUCUUCCGUGCAAUAUUGUUAGUUUGUGGAAUUCAGCCUGGAAAUGGUAAAGCAUCAGACUCGUAUCGAGUGUUUUUUAUUCUUUAUAAAUUAAAAUGAAUGACCUAAGAACUGGA